UCUUAAAAACAUGAAAAUCAAUUGUCGAUGUGCAGUAUUCAUUAUUUGGUGGAGCAUUACAAACCUGAUAAUGUUCGCGAAGGGUUCCGCUCCGUGUGAAAUAUCAGACAUAGCUAAAGCUGAAACUUAUUUCCACGAUGCCUUUGCUGCAAGUUUCGAUGAGAAAAAAAUGUCUUCUGAUUCGAAGCAACUCAUGUACUGCCUGAAAAAUAAAGAUGAAGCUCUGACGUUAGCAGAAAUUCCGAAAUGUGUGAAGCCUCGCUACUGUCUUCUCUGUCGAGUGGCGAUGCACACCCUGAUCAGCACAUUUAAACAACUGAAACAAGUACCUCAACAAUUAAAACCUGGAAUACUACAAGUAACUCAAGGUCUUUGCCGACUUGCUGAAUACCCAAAGGAGUAUUGUGCUGACCUUAUCAACAUUUUUAUUGUGAGUGAUUUUCAGCAGAGUUCACUAGUUUUAGCUAAAACCAUUUAUCUGCAGGAUUCCAUACUCGAAAUUUUGAAAACCAACGAUCACAUCACGUCGCACGACAUUUGCGCACUGCCCUUAGGUCCAAUUGGUUGUGUUCAGGAACCUACCGGAGCUUCCGUGGACCCGAUAAAACUCGACGAUUUCAACUUCAAAUCAACCGUUUCGGUAGCGUACAACAAAACCUGGCCAACGAAGAUACUCCACAUCACCGACAUUCACUACGACCCAAAGUACGUCGGGGGGGUUGAGUCCGAAGAGGUUGUGAAGCAGUGCAAGAAGAUGUUUGGGUGCUGUCGAGUUGGCAACACCGGUAAACCGGAUGAGACCUACUGGGGAAACUAUAACCAUUGCGACACUCCGAAGACUUUGCUGGAGGCAAGUUUGAAGAAGAUUGCGGAACAGCACUCGGAUGCCAAAAUGGUGUACCUGACCGGAGAUCUGGUGAGACAUCACAUAACGGAGCUUGAUUUUGAAACGUUGAAGGCGGACACGGACUAUGUGCUGGGACUGUUUAUUGAGAUAUUCAAGGACAUCCCAAUUGUGUUUGCGAUUGGGAAUCAUGACACGGAUGUCUUUGGAAUGUUUUCUUCAGGUAGUGACUCUAGUAACGCUGGACAGUCAAAGGUUUACAAAUACUAUCAAAGUUGGAUCGAGAAGUUGUGGAAGAAUGGUCAAAUAACCCGGAAACCUCGCGAAAUCGAAUGGCCCCAAAACGGCGAAGGUUACUACUCGAUUCCAACGAAGGAACGCCUCCGACUGAUUGUCCUGAACAGCAACGUUGCGUACAUGUACAACUGGUGGCUCCUAGCGGAUCCAAACUUGUACCAUGCCCAACUCCAAUGGCUCCAAGAUACCCUUGCUCGCGCCGAGCAGCAACACCAGAAAGUUCACAUCCUGUCGCACAUCGCGCCCAAUCACUACUCGCUACUCCCAUCGUGGUCCCAGCAGUUUCAACGCAUCGUUGAACGCUACCGAAACACGAUCACAGCCCAGUUCAACGGUCACUCGCACCUUACGGAGUUUGCGAUGUUCUACGACUCGCAAAAGCCAACCGAACCUAUUGGGGUGGCCUGGAACGGAGGAUCGCUGACUCCGCACAGUUUUCACAACCCGAACUACCACGUGGCGAUGCUGGAGUCCGGGAAGUUUUCGGUAUCUACCCUGGAGACGUACACGAUCGAUCUGGGCAAAGCCAACAAGGACUCUUCGAAAGUCCCGGACUGGGAACUAUCAUCGAACAUGACCGAAGAAUUCAGACUGAUGGAUCUUUCACUCAAAAGUUUGGAUGAACUCGUCCAGCGGAUGACCAAAAACGAAUCUGUGAUGCAGCAAUAUUGGCGUUACGCCGUUAAAAAGGGUCCACGAUCGGUGUCAGAACUUAGUGGCGAGUGUAAGGUGGCACUACUUUGUGGAAUCGUGUCAACCGAUGGGAAAAAUAAGGCAAAGUGUGAAGGUCUCUUGAAGGGCACCAAUUGGAGCCAAGGAACGGGAAUAUGUGCUUUGCAAAAAUACUAAAUUGUCGUUGUGAGCGCACUUACGAAACAAAAUUUCUGCAUACAUUUUUAUUAA